AUGUCCAAGCUCUGCGUCCUCAGAGGAAGAUCCAAAUUCAAGGAUCAGAAACUAGUCAUCGAAUUUCUCAAAUGUGGACCCAAAGAGGCCAAUAAAUGGGGACACUGCUGCAAGCACUCGGAUGAUUCUGUUUGCGUCGAUCCAAUCGAAUGCGAACUGUUCACCUAUUACAACCCGCGGUUUACUUGGAGGACUGUGAUCAUCGGGCAUGCAUAUAUCGAGCCAGUAAAGGGUGGAAAGCGCAAGACUGUGGGGACUCUGCUGGCUGACAUUAUCGAUCGUGAGACGAUUAGAGAUGUGUGGUAUGAUCACAUGUGCGCUGUAUCCCCUAUACAUCUCCUCAUUGCCGGGACGCUGUUCGACCGCCAGGGUUAUAUGGACCCCGAACUCUACGACGACGAGAUCAAGAAAGGGAGCGGCGUGUUUGGAAAAGAGAUCGGAGAAGGGAGACUGUUACAUCUUGAAAGUAUCGUGGUGGACAAAGAUUAUCGUCGACAAGGCAUUGGGGCUAAAUUGAUGAGCGGACUGCACAAGGUCGCAAAGAAGGAGCAAGUAUCGUUCAUCUUUGCCUUCCCCGACACUGAGACGCAGGACUUCGUCGCAUGCGCGCGCUCGGUCGGAUAUCGACAUGUCGCACGCACAAGAGUGAUCGCAUAUGCAGUAGAUCAACAGCACCCUUCGAGGAAACUGGACAAGAGUCUUGACCCCGAGCCAUUUGCCUAUUAUCAUCAAGCUCAUCUGUUUGACUACUCGACGCCAGUCUGUCUCGUCAUCAGCAGAUACAUACCCAAAUUCGCUGUGCAAAUUCUUCAGAAGUUUCCUCUCGACACCGAUUGGACCGAACGCGAUGACGGUGGAAUGACACCCCUUCAUCUUGCUGCAAAGGGCAUCUCACCAGAGCUCCUUAUGUUUCUUCUUUCCAAGGAGACCACAUACGCAUGUAUACAUCAGCGCACGACAUUCGGGGACACGCCGCUUACGGCCUUGAAGUCGUCGGCGAGGCGUGUUCGCGAUAUGCCGAUGGGAAUUCCUGCACCGAAUUUGGAUAAUUGGAGGGGUUAUGCAGAAGAUUACGUAGAAUGCUACAAGCUGCUCAUCUCUGCUAUGAACGAACCGUGGGAUGAGGAGCUUGAGAAGCGCGUUCGCUUCGGGUGCAGCUGUGGACACUGUCUCGAAGGUGUGAUGUCCCCACGCGUUAAGUUCUAUAUCCUUGCAUAUAUUUAUGAAUCAGCUCGGAUCAUCAAGACACGAUGGGGCGCAGAAACUAAUGAAAACAUCGCCAAAGUUGUCUCUGGAAUCUUUGCUCAUCUACCUCCUACGCUCUCCGAUGUCAGUAGCGAGGAGCCGUUCCAACGAGGCUUCGCGACACUCCUCGAAUAUAUUGGCAUCUGCCUCGAAGAAAACGAGAUUCCGACUGCGGAUAAAGUGGGCAAGAAGCUCGAUUGGUACAGAGAUAUGGGCGAGGGAGAGGACACCCAGAGAUAUCUCAACCUUGGUGGGACGAUCAACGAUGCGUUGAGCUAUCUCUUUGCUGGAUGCUGCUACAAGACAUGGAGUGCUGUGUUUAAAGAGUUGGACGAGGCGAAGGAGAUUCCCCAUUGUGAUAACGACGACCUCAUCACGCCAGUACGCCUUUUCGCCUGCGGCACGAUGGAAACCGAACGGCCAAAAUCAACGCUUGAAUCCAUCCCUCUUGAUGCCGUUCUCGGUCAGAUGGUCGACAUGCUGACGGGGUACCAUUUUUGA